AUGAAAAUGAAAGCUGAAUGUCAGAACAUUAUUAUUGUCACAACUCACAAGAUCUUUUUCGUGCCCUUUCCUUAUUGUUUUCUGGGCAUGGCACAAGUCUUGUGCCCAUUUCCCAUUGUAGAUUAUAAACGUCACUGCAUCAUGAUGCCUUACCACCUUCAUAUGAGCCCAAUAACUUGUUCACCUCCAUUGAUAAAAGUCCAUUUCAGGGGAAUCGAUUAAACUAUACAGAGCUGCUGGGAAUUGGAAUAGAUAACCUGGAAAACUACCCCACUUGAUCGACAUGUUCUUCUCUGGAAAAUUAAACAGCCAAAGGAGAUGAAUGACAGAGAGAGCUGCAGAAGGGUGUCGGCACAAAAGAUGAGGAAUAGCUGGCAAACCUGAAUACACAGUUGUGAUUUGUGAACUGAAUUUAAUAAAUGCAACUGGGAAGGUGCAUGUCACGCCAUCAGGG